ACCGCAACGGCCAGCAGCCAGUUUUUUCGUCUUCAUUUCCCCUUUAGACCCGCCGACGCUAGAACGUCUGCCUGAGCCGCCGCCUGCCGAGAGAGAAGAAGCCAACGCGUGUGUGGCUGUCUUAGCUCCUUCUCUGACCGCCCCUCCGCCGCUUCUCCACCCGCUCGCGUCGCCUCCCGACCGAGCUAGACUCUGCACCCUUCGCUCGCCCGACUUACUUCCGUUAACGGGCGUUCACAACAUGAGCGCCGCCUCAGCCGUCUCUACUACUCGCCCCGCGCGUCUGCCCGGGAUGUUCGGGACCACCAUGACGCCGCCGGCUCAACGGCGUCAUCUUCUCGGCGCUUAGGCGCCGGGAAGCCGCCUCCUGACGCGCUCUCGGCGCCAUGGCAAGCCGCAGACUCGCUCCUGCGUUUGGACGAGAAUGAUGGUCUGUCGCUGCUGCCUGAGAGCGCGUUGGAGGCGGCGAGGGCUUGUCGGGACUUGGUCCAGGACAAGCUCAACGAGAGGAGGGAUAUUGUGGUGCAGGGAGGAGAGAGGGAGAAAACCCAGAAGGAAGACGUGGAGGAAGACUCGCUCAAUGUGGACGAAAUCAGCGACUUGUUCUCGUGCGUGGAGCAGGAGGAGAUGUCCGGAGUGGACUUUAGUGUGUUCAUCGAAGACGAGGAUGCCGUCAAUGUGGAGGAGAUCAAUCAGAUGCUCUCGGGCCUUGAAGAUGGCAAGUCGUGCAGUGUUGACGACAGCGUGGAGGUGACGUCGUCCCCUGUGGAUGUUGUUGACACGAAGGAGCUGGAGAUUCAGAUGGAAGCAGAUGUGGACGAGUCGUUUGGGUUCAGCAGCUCAUUCGAUGACGUCGCAGCUAGCCAAGAGCAGGAAGACGCAGACGCGGAGAAUGUAGCCAUGUUGUCGGAGAUUUUCUCUGCAACAUUGGAGGACAAGGACGCAGCUGAACCGGUAGCAACUUCGCAACCGACGCACUCGCCCGCUGACUGUGAGGACGCCAAGAAUGUCGAUUUGGUGGCAGAGCUGUUUACCUCGCUUGAGGAGAGCAGCGAAGCAGACCAAGAAGGAGAAGUACCAGACAGAUCGGCGACGCAGGAUUGGAUUGAUGCGCUGGAGGUGGACAACGUGGCUUCGUUGUUCUCAGAGCUGGAGCAGGUAGAGACGACGCAGAUGAAGACGCAGACCCCCGUUAAGGUGGAUUCGCGGGUAUUUGUGCCCACGUUUUCUGUGCGAAUUGAGGGCGGCCAGCGACAAGGAGAACGUCGUCCGGUAGUUGGCCCCAAUAGUCAUCUGCUUGUAGGUCCACCUGGCGUCCUAUUGGCUGGUCCGCCGGCUCCGUCUCGCGAGGAACGCGUCGGUCGCUGGAAGUCGAAGCGGAAGACGCGGUCUUUCACCACCAAGCAGCCAGACCCGUCACUUUCUGACACGAGACGCGCUAGUGCCGCCAAGCGCCAACGCGUCAAGGGCCGCUUCAUCAGUGACACACACACGUUCGUCUCCAUCACCGCGCUCCAGAAGUGAUUCAUCACCCGCAUCGAUUCCUAGAUCCAGUUUUAUUCUCCCUCUUGAAAUGCAUUGCAAGCUUCAUCAUCAACUUGUUCUCGAGAUGCUUCUUGCACUGCAAACACAUCGCAGAUUUGUUUUCCUCCAAUCACUGUGCUACUGUGCAUUUCUACCAAUAAGAUUAUGCUGAGAAAUGAUAAAUUUAGUUCUAGAAUUAACACAGUCUGACAGUUUCGUUUGCGCUAAAAACAGAUUCUGAUAC